AUGUCGGAAGCCGAAUCGGCCGAAGAAUUUGUAAUGGCCUAUUCACGCCUGUUACCGGACUCGGACUCUUCUGAAUUACAGAAGGUUCUGGAAAUGAAAGCAUUACGGCGCCAGGAGCAAGCAAGUAUCAUACAGCUUUACAAAACACGUAUUGAAGGGCAGUCAGCUGCGGUAGAUUCUGCAGCAGUCGGUGCGCAGUCAUCAGCUUUUUCAGCACUGGAAAGCAUCGGUGAUUCAAGUAUGCGAAGGUUGGAGCAGCUUGUUAAAAAGAAAAUCUGA